CUAUGGCAAUAGGUCUUACCGACGCGGCUUCGUUGCCCUCCUUAGUAGGUGCUCUCAUGAUCCUGACAGCAGCUUACGCGGUCUUCUUAGCAAUUAUAUCGCCUCUACGCAGUAUUCCCGGUCCCUGGUACAGUCGUUUCACCUGCAUCGUGCUCAUAGGAUACAUAUUAGCUGGUCGACGCAUCCAUUAUGUCGACUCGCUACACAGAGAAUACGGGACUGUCGUUCGGCUAUCCCCCGACGAAGUAGCCAUUAGCGACCUCGAGACUUUUUCCCAGAUUCACAAGAUCGGCUUCGGGUUCAUAAAGUCUGCUUGGUAUGAUAAACUCAGAUUCGGCCGGGAGCCUGGUAUUUUUUUCACGCGCAGUCCGCACGAGCACGGUGUCCGAAGACGACUCUUUGUACGCGCUUUUAGCAACGGCUCGCUUUUGACGCACUGGGAGCCCGAUAUCAGACAGAAAGCUGAGCUCGCCGUGAUAAAGAUCAAAGAGGACGCGCAGGCUGGUAGUACCGAUAUUCUAAAGUGGUGGACUCUCAUGGCAACUGAUGUUAUUGCUCACCUUUCGUUUGGAGAAUCAUUCCGCAUGCUAGAAUUGGGCAAGUUUUCAAAGCAAACGCCUUACAUUGACGCAAUUCAAGCUGCCCUCCUCUGUGGAGUGGUACGAAACGAGCUAUCUUGGUUCUAUCCAAUCCUAAGACAUCUUCCUUUCAAAAGCAUCAGGAACAUAAUGAACGCCCACAACAUCGUCUUUGGCCAUGGCGCUCUGGCCGUGCGGAAUAUGCGCAGUGCUAAUGAUGGGCUCAGCACGGCGAAUCUAUUCAGUCAAAUGCUUGGCCAGGCGGAUGGCCAGGAAAAGACAGAAAUAACAGAUAUUGCCGUUCGAACUGAGGCAGGGAAUCUGAUUGUUGCCGGCUCUGAUACCACGGCAGUCACUUUGACCUAUCUUAUUUGGGCAGUUCUGAAGCAGCCUCAGCUUCAGGCCGCGUUGGAGCUCGAAGUUGGUGAUCUAAGUCCCGACCUGACUUCUGAAGAACUGAAGAACGCUCCGCUUCUGAACAGUGUUAUUGAGGAAACUCUGCGGCUGUAUGGUGCCGCACCAGGCGCACUUCCACGUGUUGUACCGGAAAGGGGGCUAUCAGCGUGUGGCUAUUUCAUUCCCUCGGGCAUAGUUGUUAGUACUCAAGCCUACACACUUCACCGUGUCUCUACCAUCUUUCAAAACGCACAGAGGUUCGAUGGCUACAGAUUUAUAGACAAGUCACAAAUGACAGCAGUUCAAAAGACAGCCAUGUCGCCUUUUGGUGCAGGCUCUCGCAUCUGCAUCGGACUUCAUCUGGCUUGGGUGGAGCUACGACUUGGAGCGGCAUUAUUCUUCCGUGAAUAUCGAGGAGCCAAGCUCAACCAUGAGAUGAAUGAUAAAAUGAUGGAAAUGGAUAAUAGGUUCUUGAUUGCACCAAAGGGCCACUGCUGCAAAAUCCAGUUG